AGGGGGGAGAGUGAGCAAGGAAGGGAGAGAGAGAGAGAGAGAGAGAGAGAUUUUCUCUCUGACAAACUAACGAGUCUGAAUGCCACGAGUGCAUCUGAAGGCAAACUGGUGGGCUGAUAUAAACUGUCUGGAGGAGCAACACGAAACUGAAGAGCUGUGAUUUCGAACAUCUUAAUCAGCCCUACAGAGAGUCACAUUAGCGGAUCAUGAUACAGAGGGAGGAAGUUGUGUCGGCGCGGGAUGAGUUCAGCUACACCCACAUCCCCACCCUGGACCGAAUAAGUGGGGGUGGGACGCUGAGCCGGAGGAUGGAGCGAGAGAGGGACAGUUACACGGUGGACGUGAGAGCCAGUGACUUGGAGCUGGACCGGGCUGAGCCACUGCACCCCUGCUUCAGCUACAGAGCCUGGCUUUACAGCGUCCUCAUAGGGUGUAGUCUCCUGAUCACAGCUGGCUUCUCUCUCUACUUGGGAAAUGUGUUUCCUGCUGCGAUGGACUACCUGCGCUGUGCGGCUGGUUCGAGCAUCCCAGCUGCAGUGGUGAGCUUUGCUAUCGCCACAAACUGGCGGGUUGCAGUGUCAGAUUUUCAGCUGGUGUUUGUUUCUACAUUCGCUGUGACCACAACAUGCCUGGUGUGGUUUGGCUGCAAGCUGGUUCUCAGCCCCUCAGCCAUCAAUAUCAACUUUAACUUAAUCCUGCUCAUUCUCCUGGAGGUCCUCAUGGCCAGCACUGUCAUCCUUUCAGCUCGCUCUGUAGAAGACUGCUGCAGCCACAGCAAGCCAGUGUAUGAUGGCCCUGUGGCUGUGACCUCUGUUUCAUUCCCUACACGUCUUCUCAAGGCCUAUGCUGUGAUCGAGGUGAUCGUUGGUAUUUCGGCAGUAUUUGGAGGUAUUAUUGCUCUGAACAUGGAUGCUCUGCUGCCAGGACCUUACCUCUCUGUCACGUUCUUCUGGAUUCUAGUGGCUUGUUUCCCCAGUGCCAUAGCCAGCCAUGUGGUGUCAGAAUACCCAAGCAAGUGCCUGGUGGAGAUGUUAAUUGCCAUCAGCAGUGUGACCUCGCCCCUGCUGUUCUCUGCCUCAGGCUUCUUGUCCAGCAGUGUGCUAAGUUUUAUUGAGAUCUUCCUGCAUGAGGUGCCUAUUGAAAAGCAGUCGUAUGAUAUCCUGUUGCUGAUCUUGAUGGCGCUGCUGCUAGCACAGGCUGGCCUGACUCUUGCCACUGUAGUGCACUGUGCCUCCUACAAGAGCCAGCUGCGCAUGGGAGCAAGAGAAUGGGAUGACAGUCUGCAACAGGGGUCAAGGCAGUGCGAGCAACAGGGCUCCAAUGGCACACUGCGAGAUUUUGACAAAGAGAAGGCCUGGAAGGCGGUUGUGGUCCAAAUGGCCAAAUAAGCACAUUCCCAGAAACAGAGAGGAAGAAAAAAGAGAGAGAAACAGAUGUGUGUGGAGGAGGACAUGAAAGGUGGGCGUAAAGGAGGGAAGAAUGAACAAACAAAUGUUGCAGAUAAUUAAAGUGGACGAUAAGAAAGGGCUCAAAAGAGGGAAAAGGUCAUUGAAGGCCACUGGAGGUCUAUGAUGUUGUCACUGUGUUGUAGUCAGGAGAGUUACUGACAUUUAUCCAGGAGAUUCAAUCAUGAAACCUACAUCUGUAUUGAAUGUCACCUGACACUUCUGAUAAACAUGUACUGUGUGUCUGAUUUUAACAAUUUAAUAGAAUGAAUGUGUUUCUCAGAAAAUGACUCAGCACAAUGAAUCUGUCUGUGGUGAUGCUUCAUGUAAAGAGAUAAUGUUCAUAUGUACAGCAAGGUUGUGUAAGAAAUGUGAGUGAACGUAACGCUGGCAUAAUAAUCUGUAAUCUUUAUGCUGCGCACACUGCGUACGGAAUAUAUCAACAAGGUAGAUUAAGACAUGAAAUCUUGAAUAGUGCUUCUGAUGCCAUAUCACAUGCAGGUAAAUGUCAUUUACAAAAGCACAAAACAUAUUUUCUACUACAUACUCAUAUUACACUGAGUUUAGAUAUGUGAAAGCUUUAUGUUCUUGUCUGAAGUUUUUUUAGAUAAAUAAAAACAUUAUAUUACA